AUGACAAUAAACGGUGGUUUUGCAUUGAAUGGAAAUCAAUCCUUUCAAAAUUUAGCUGGAACAUCAUUAGAAAUGUGUUCAAAUGCACCUUUAACGGGUUAUUUUCGUAAUGGUUAUUGUGCUACAUGUCCGGAUGAUUAUGGUUUACAUACAGUAUGUGCACAAAUGACACAAGAAUUUCUUGAUUUUUCACUUUCGAAAGGAAAUAAUUUAAUUACACCACAUCCACCUACAUUUCCAGGUCUUAAAGAAGGUGAUAAAUGGUGUUUAUGUGCAUCUCGAUGGUUUGAAGCAUUUCAAGUUGGUAAAGCUCCAAAUAUAUUUGCACGAGCAACAAACUUAGCAAAUUUACAACAAGAACAAAUUAAUAAUUUAGUUUCGAAAGCUAUUGAUAUGGCAUAA